AUGAAAAAAUAUACGAGAGUUUCCCUUAAGCUCAUAACAUUUGGUUUAUGGAGAAUUUCGGCAGGACUUGCUGAGCGUGUGAACCUCGAUUCUAUCAACUGUGCAACCGAGAGUAUCAUUACCAGAGAUGUGGCAGUUAUUGGUGGUGGUUCUAGUGGUACCUAUGCUGCGAUUCGAUUGCGGGACAUAGGUCAGAGUGUAGUUGUAGUCGAGCGAAACGACCGCCUUGGUGGACACACGCAUACAUACACUGAUCCAGUUACGAAAGGCAAAAUUGAUAUUGGUGUGGAAAUCUGGCAGGAUUGGGAUAUCGUGAGAAACUUUUUCAGCCGGUUCAAAAUAUCGCUGACAAAGAACGAAUUUGCUCCAUCGGCUGUUCAAUAUGUGGACUACCGUACUGGGCAGCUGGUUAGCCAGUAUUCUCCAGGCAAUGCUACCGAUGCUCUUACAGCGUACGCCACGCAACUGGCAAAGUACCCUUAUUUGGAAUUCGGUUUUGAUCUGCCUAACCCAGUACCAACUGAUCUCCUUCUUCCUUUCGGUGAUUUCGUCGAAAAGUACGCAUUGGAUGACACAGUGCCAACUAUAUUCAAAUAUGCCCAAGGUCUUGGAAACAUUCUCCACCAGCCUACACUCUAUGUGAUGAAGAAUUUCGGACUUGUAGAUCUGAAGAGCAUCCAGGAAGGAUUCCUCACAACUGCCAAACAUGACAAUAGCGAAAUCUACGAGCGAGCAUUAGCCGAACUUGGGGAUAAUGCACUCCUUAAUACCAGUAUCGUGGCAACCAAACGAAGCAUCACAGGAUAUUCAAGCAUAACUGUCACCACUCCUUGUGGGAGGAGGGAAAUUCGGGCCAAAAAGAUCUUGCUUGCAAUACCACCAAAGUUAGAUAAUCUCGAUGGAUUCGACCUCGAUGCUACAGAAAAAUCACUUUUCCAGCAAUUUGGAAACAGUGCUUACUAUACCGGUGUGUUGCGCUACACUGGCAUCAAUGACAACACUACAGUCCAAAAUAUAGGCAUAAACACAACGUAUCACCUGCCUGUGUUGCCAGGAAUUUACUCCAUCUCACCGAGCGUUAUUCCAGGACUACUCAAUGUCAAAUACGGCAGUCCGACUGCCCUCGCUGAUGUACAAGUUCAGAGUGAUAUCAUCGCGAGUGUUCAACGUCUCCCGAAUAGAACCAUUUCGGUAGAGUCCCCUGAGUUCGCGAUCUUUGCCAGUCAUACGCCAUUCGAGCUGACUGUAUCGUCUAGCGCGAUAGAGAGCGGCUUUUACAAGAGACUCUAUGCAAUGCAAGGCAAAAGAAGCACUUAUUAUACAGGGGCUGCGUUUCACACGCAAGAUUCAUCUCUGCUGUGGAGAUUCACAGAGCAAUUACUACCUCUUAUUGUGGAAAAGUAG